GGACACUGCGCCCAUAAAAUAAUGGACGUCGGUGGAAACAGUGGUGGGCUUCCUGUAAACAAUAAACAGAGAGCUAUGUUACCUAAUAAAACCAGGGGAGAAUUUACCCGCAACCCAAGGAAAGAUUCAGAGGGACCGUCAGAGUCUCCAGACCUUGAGUUUGAAUAUGCCGAUACAGACAAGUGGGCUGCAGAGCUGUCAGAGCUAUACAGUUACACUGAAGGACCAGAGUUUGCUCUCAACAGGCAGUGCUUUGAGGUCGAAUUCAGAACACAUGUUUCUGAUCAGAAGUGGACGGAGCUUGAUGAAGCUCAGCAAAGAGCUCACACCAUGCGCCUGUUGGACGGUCUGGAGGUGAUUGCCCGGGAGAACAGGCUGAAGGUUGCCAGAGCCAUUCUUUACAUGGCUCAGGGAACCUUUGCAGAGUGCAGCUCUGAGGCUGAGGUGCAGCACUGGAUGAGAUACAACAUCUUUCUGCUGCUGGAUGUGGGGACCUUCUCUGCUCUGGUGGAGCUGCUCAACAUGGAGAUUGAUAACAGCGCUGCCUGUAGUAAUGCUGUCAGGAAACCAGCCAUCUCCCUUGCUGACAGCACAGAUCUCAGAGUGCUGCUCAACAUAAUGUACCUGAUGGUGGAAACGAUUCAACAGGAUGACCCGGCCGACAAGCCUGAAUGGAAAACCAUCAGAGAAACCUUCAGAGCAGAACUGGGAUCUCCUCUGUUCAACAACGAGCCGAUUUCCGUCAUGCUCUUCGGCAUGGUUACCAAGUUCUGCAGUGGUCAUGCCCCUCACUUCCCAAUGAAGAAGGUGUUGUUGCUGUUGUGGAAGAGCAUCCUGUUCACACUCGGAGGGUUUGAGCAGCUCCAAAGCAUAAAGGUUCAUAAGCGUGAGGAGCUGGGUCUCCCUCCUCUCCCGGAGAACAGCAUCCGAGUCAUUCGCAGCAUGAGGGCCGCUUCUCCUCCUGCGUCUGCAUCCGACCUCAUAGAGCAGCAGCAGAAACGGGCACGCCGCGAACACAAGGGGUUGAUCAAACAGGACAACCUUGACGCAUUCAACGAAAAGGAUCCUUACAAGGCCGACGACUCUCGUGAGGAUGAGGACGACAACGAUGACAAUGACAACUCUAUAGAGACAGAGACUUUCCCGCUAGAGAGGGACGAGGUGAUGCCUCCGCCCAUUCCUCACCCUCCAUCAGAGAGGGUGUCCUUCCCCAAAGGACUGCCGUGGGCUCCUAAAGUCAGGGAAAAGGACAUUGAAAAUUUCCUGGAAUCGAGUAGAAGUAAAUUUAUUGGUUACACACUUGGGAAUGAUACAGACACAGUUGUUGGUUUGCCCAGGCCAAUUCAUGAGAGCAUAAGGACGUUAAAGCAGCACAAGUACGUGUCCAUUGCUGAGAUACAGAUUGCAAAGGAGGAGGAGUUUCAGAAAACCCCUCUGUCUGGGGGUGAAGAGGAGGUGGACAUGUCCUCCAUCGAGCUGCUCUAUCAAGGAAUUCUUCCCAGUUUGCCUCAAUACAUGAUCGCUCUGCUGAAGAUCCUGCUCGCAGCAGCUCCGACUUCCAAAGCCAAGACGGACUCCAUCAACAUCCUGGCAGACGUGCUGCCGGAGGAGAUGCCGACCACAGUGCUGCAAAGCAUGAAGCUUGGUGUUGAUGUCAAUCGACACAAAGAGAUCAUUGUGAAGGCCAUCUCUGCCAUCCUGCUGCUGCUCCUCAAACACUUCAAACUUAACCACAUCUACCAGUUUGAGUACAUGGCUCAACAUCUCGUGUUUGCCAACUGCAUCCCGCUCAUUCUCAAGUUCUUCAACCAGAACAUCAUGUCCUACAUCACGGCUAAAAACAGCAUUUCAGUACUUGACUUUCCUCCUUGUGUGGUGCACGAGCUCCCGGAGUUAACCGCAGAGAGUUUGGAAGCCGGAGACAACAAUCAGUUUUGCUGGAGGAAUCUGUUCUCCUGUAUCAACCUGCUGAGGAUCCUCAACAAACUGACCAAGUGGAAGCACUCCAGAACAAUGAUGCUGGUGGUGUUUAAGUCCGCUCCCAUCCUGAAGAGGGCGCUGAAGGUCAAGCAGGCCAUGAUGCAGCUUUACGUCCUCAAGCUGCUCAAAGUGCAGACCAAAUACCUGGGACGUCAGUGGAGGAAGAGCAACAUGAAGACCAUGUCCGCCAUUUAUCAGAAGGUCCGACAUCGGCUCAACGACGACUGGGCCUACGGGAACGAUCUGGAUGCUCGUCCGUGGGACUUCCAGGCCGAGGAGUGUGCUCUGCGGGCCAACAUCGAACGCUUCAACAGUCGCCGCUACGACAAGAGCCACAUCAACCCGGACUUCCUGCCUGUGGACAAUUGUCUGCAAAGUGUCCUGGGACAGCGGGUGGACCUGCCCGAGGACUUCCAGAUGAACUAUGACCUCUGGCUGGAGCGGGAAGUCUUCUCCAAACCUAUUUCCUGGGAAGAACUGCUACAGUGAGAAUCAACGACUUUUAUAAAUAAAGUUUCAAUCAGGAGUUGUGACAAACCACCACCAGUGCUCUCAGCAUUAUGUUACAUGAGACUGAAGGUGACGGGUGGAUUUCAUCCUCUAAACUCGCCCAGGUGUAGAUCUACAAUCGUCACGUUUUACAGUUUUUAUUGCUGCUCUAAAUAAAUGCUUUGCGUGAUGAACUAUUGAGACUUUUCCUCACACUAAUGCCACCCACAGUUUAUUUUUUAUUUUUUAAAUGACUCCACAUGUGGACUUUAACCCAAGCCCCUAGCUUUACAUAGGUAUUAGCUCUGUUACCAAAGGUCAGUAAGUUUGACCUUGAAGCACUACAUGAGCGUUUGUUCUUGAUUUUAAAGAGAUUUAUUUGGAAAAAGUUUAUGUAUUAACUGUUAAGACUCUUAACAGAUGUGUGUGCGCUUUGUUGAGGCAACACAUAUAAGAUGUUUAUAAAUAUAACAUUGGUAAACGGGUUGUAAGGUACCACAUCCACAAAACCUUUACAGGUGCUGGAUCAAAACAUCAAAAAGAAUCAGACAAAAGAUCCUAACACGAUUAAAAGCUUCCAGUUAUUUUUAAAUUGUGCAACGUUUCGAUCUAAGAGAGAUCUUCGUCGGACAUUGACAAUGACACCGUUCUGUUAGCUGGAAGCUUUUUAUAGCACGUGCAAGUCUUUUUGUCUGAUUCUUGUCUUAAUAAAUCUAACAUUCCCUGGUACAUGAGUUUACCUUCUUCAGAGAGACUAAAGGAACGGGGUUGGGGCUUUUUAUUCAUAGUUUCUGUAUGUAUAAAUAACAUUUUUAAUAGUUAUCACCUGAAGGGGACACACUUCUGUUGACCUGAUUUACCCUUUGUUGUUCCGCUGCAUUUGCAAAUGAUUUAAAUGUGUUUUUGCAUUAUUCUGCCUACACACCUUUUACUCUGGGACCUUCACCGAGCAUCAGCCUGACAUGAUGAUUCAGCCUUGAGUUUAUGUUUAGUAAGUAACUCAUUAAUAUCUUAAUUUGCUUUGUUGUGUGGAAAACUGGUUGCACAUAAUUUAAUUUGUGUGAGAUAAAAUAACUAUUUAAGUUUCUGAUUUGAGAUCAAUGAUUUCUGAGCUUCACUCAUCAGACAGCUGCUCUGAGCCGAACGGGAUAACUCAGUUUAAUUUCCAGUAACAGAUUCCUCUUUUUCUACUUUUUUUGUUGUAUUUUAAAGGUUAAGGAAAUGAGAAUACAUGUAAAUUGUGAACCUUAUUUAUCAUGGCUUUGUUUUACAUGGACUUAAAUACUGUAAUAAAAUGAUACUGUCAUUCA